AUGCCAUGGCUGGUCCAUGUCCAGAAUUCCUGGGCGAAGAGUACUCCAUCGCCGGAUGCGGACAACAUUUUUGAGAUCUCCAACUCCAUAGUUGCAGUGGAUCCUGACCAUGGCAUCAACGGGUGGUAUCCUAUCGACAGCUCAGCGUGGCUCUUCGUCGAAGCAGCCCAGAAGGUGGGGGAGAUUUCAGACGAUCACUUCGAGCUUGAUGGUGGAGUUCUGCCACAGCUGGAGGUUAGUGUCCCAAAGCUGGCACCGUUGGAUCUCACUUUGGGAGAUCCUGAAGAGCCGUUGCGGAGCCUGUCAAGCAAAAUCACUGAUGAAGCGCUGUUGAAGUUACACCGCGAUGGCUUUGUGAUCGUAGACCAGGCCUUGUCUCCUGCACUUUGCGAGACUUUGCGCCAUGAAAUGGACAUCUUGUUGGAGAAUGGCCAGAUGUGGGAUAGUCAAUCCUACUCACAUGAAGAGGGAGCCCUGCAUCAUGAUAUUUGUGAAACCACCCUGGACUUCAAAGAUGUUCGUUUCUAUGCGCCCACCUUCACUCGCAUGGGCACGGACGAAGGUUUGCUGCGGGUCUUGCGCAGGCUGCCAGUGCUGCGGGACCUCUCUAUGCAGCACUUGAGACUGCAGAUCAACAAGGGCAAUGGUGGCUGCUACACGAUGCACACGGACUCCGGCGUUUCUGGUGAGGAAGAUGGACGGCAAGUCUUGCGUGUGACGGCUCUAUUCUAUUUGAAUGAAGGAUGGACCUCAGAACACGGAGGAGAACUGCGAGUGUAUCCAUAUCCAUCAGCACCAGUGAAGAUCGCUCCUCUUCUCGGGCGACUGGUUUUGUUUCAUCCGCGCCUGGUACACGAAGUGUUGCCCAACUUCCGCAAGCGAUAUUGCUUCACCCUAUGGUGUGCAGUCGAGCAGAGUAGCACCAGCAGUCAUUUCAUGGAGGAUCUGGAGUCCAUGACUUGCUUCAACCAAGCUUGCUCUGUGUGCGAAAAGGCGACCCACUUGGAAAAAACGCCACGGUCGAAGCUGCUGCAAGUUCCGCGACCCCUGCGGUGCCUUUUAUUGCCGGAGGUCCGACCUUUGCUGGUGCGCUACGUUUUCCGAGACUGCGAGCUGCAAUCCGCAUGCCGCUCACAUGACGAAGGUCCUCAGAAGCAGGAGAUGCUUGAAGGCAUUGGCCGCUAUCACCAACAAAUGCGAGAUGAGAACCCGCAAUGGUUCCGGCAGCUCUUAGAACAGCUCCCGGGAGCCGAAGUCGGCACCGCGCGCGCAGCGCGCCUGGGGUCCUAUGAGUUGAAGGAGGUGAUGAGGAGCUGCUGCCCCUGGUGGGAAGAUGCAGCCUGAUGACCCAUUUUUCCCUGGAAAGGUGUUGAUGGUUUUGGGCGAGUGAGAUGAUUUGCUGCUGUUCGAGGCCGUUUUGGGGGCCGAAAAUGUGGAUUCUGAGUGGUGCUUUGAGCCACAUUUUGGUGAGCUUGAAUGCCAUAUAGAGCUUCGGCCCUAAGGCGCCGUGUUGCACAAUGCUGCAAUAGACUGAAGGUUGUACAUAGCCCACUGUCAUGGGACAAAGACUUCAUUGAUUGGAACAAAAAAAGGCAAAA